CUUGGAGAAAAUGACAGAUAAUUUUAAUUUCUGAACACUGGGACGCCAUUUUGUACUUGAUUAAAAAGUGAUUGGAGCGUAGAAGGUUAUUUGUGAUCAAAAGCGUGUAAUUUUUAAUUUUGUGUGAAGUAAAUAGUGUUCCUUUGGUAGCAUAAUAGAAACUAAAAUGCCGGGCGCCGGUACUUUCAAAAUCUUCGUCGGGAACCUAUCCGAUAAAACUACAGAUGCCGAUCUGAGGCCGCUCUUCGAAAAGUACGGUACGGUCGUAGAAUGCGAUAUCAUCAGAAAUUACGGUUUCGUGCACAUGGAAAACGAGCAAGUCGGGCGCGAGGCCGUUCAAAACCUCAACGGCGAGAUCGUGAACGGACAGGCGAUCAAAAUAGAGGCGGCCAAGAGCCGCAAGGCGCCGUCGACGCCGACCACUAAAGUAUUCGUCGGGAACCUAACGGAUAAGACGCGCGCGCCCGAGGUCCGCGAGCUGUUCCAGAAGUUCGGCACGGUCGUGGAGUGCGAUAUCGUUCGCAACUAUGGCUUCGUGCACCUAGACGCGUCGUCCGACGUCAACGAGGCCAUCAAAGAGCUCAAUGGGCUCAUGGUGGACGGACAGCCCAUGAAGGUGCAGCUGUCCACGAGCCGCGUGCGCCAGCGCCCCGGCAUGGGCGACCCCGAGCAGUGCUACCGCUGCGGCCGCGGAGGCCACUGGUCCAAGGAGUGCCCCAAGGCGCUGGGCCCUGAGCGCAACGGCUUCCGCGAGCGCUUUGGCCGCGACCCCUACCCCCCGCCGCCGCCGCCGCCCUUCCUGCGCGAUCGCAUGAUGGGAGGAUUCGGGGACCCUUACGAUGGCUACUAUGACAGAGCUCGGUUUGACUCACCAAGGGAUUUGUUUGAGCGGCGCUACCCCGUGGGAGCUUCCAGGGGACUAGAGAUGGGCGCUUCGCGCUCUCGGGGAGACUUUGCCUCGCCGCCUCUUCGCCGCGAGCCGAUGCCACCGAUGCCGAACCUGCCCCCUAUGAGAAGCAGCAUGGGCUCAAUGAGGUCCUCCUAUGAUGCUAUGUAUAGUAGACGGAGCCCCCCACGAGGGCCACAGAUGUCCCGAGGGAUGUAUGAAGACUUUAGCCGUGACACAUUUGAUGACAGAAGACCUGGAAUGCGUGGGCCCUCUCCGUCCAGAAGAUACGCGCCUUAUUAGUUAAUAAUUUAUCACUUGACCGGUGGGAAUGCAAUUACUUUGACAAAACUCACUACAUCACAGUUUACCAACCAUACAGUUUGUUCAGAAACAUCUCCAUCCAAUAAAUAAACACAUGGGCCACUGCUCAUUGCGUAAGCCUCAUGUGGGUCUAAACAAAUGGAACAGACCACUCACUGCAUCAACGCUGUCUUUUUUUUUUGGAUUGUUUUUAGCUGUUAAUUUUUGGGUGCUCCAGCGUUACCGGGUGGGUGGAAGCUCUGCUGGUCUCGAAGAAAUAAAAAGAACGUGAUCAAAGAGGCUCCUCUUUUGAUUGGACCAAUGAGUUAGGGAUAGACUGAGAUCAGUACGCGCGUCCACGUGAACGUAGAUGGAAACAACAUUGGCAUGGUUGAAAUAUUGAAUGCGAUACUAAUUACUAGUUAAUUCAAUACUCUUCAUUUAAAUCUUAAAAUCCGACAGUGUUAUUAUUAUUAUUAUUAAUACACUUUAUUUCUACACCAUAAAAAGAAAAGAGGAAACUUAAAAAGUAGGAUACAAAAGGCGGCCUUAUCGCUUAGUAGCGAUCUCUUCCAGGCAACCUUUAUUAGUGUUAUAGAGUUUGACUGUUUAUUUUUUUAAGUCAUUAUUUUCGUUAACCCUGCCUUCACAUCAGCGAAGUAGCGACUAGUGACGCCCGUUGCUCUGAGCUGUGACGUAGUGAACUGUACCCUUGCUAAACUGUGAUUCGUAUGGUGGACCGUUUUACUAGUAAGUGACAGCAAAUGACUGAUUUGCAAAUUAUAGGUAGUGUUUUGUAUGGCUGAGAAUAUGUGUAUGGAAAUAUGACGGAGUGUAAAUAGGAUAAUAAUAAAAUCUCAUUUUAAGUA